AUGGCAAAUGACAUAGCAGAAGAGGCAGCUUCAUCAUCUAUUUCGGACUUAAAUGCAUCGAACAAGGAUCUAAGCUCUCGACCGGCUACUACAGCUUCAGAAACUAAGAAACUGCGAGUGUUUAACGUCAAUGUUGGAAUUUUGGGACAUGUUGAUUCAGGCAAGACGAGCCUAGCUAAAGCUCUAAGCUCACAAGCUUCCACUGCCGCUUUCGAUAAACAUCCACAAUCAAAACAACGAGGAAUCACGCUCGAUUUGGGAUUUUCAACAUUUUCAUUGCAGCCGCCCGGUACUUGGAAGGGAUUACCAUAUGAUAUCAUACAAGUCACGCUAGUCGACUGUCCGGGCCAUGCAUCGCUAGUACGAACCGUUAUUGGUGGUGCUCAAAUCAUUGACUAUAUGAUACUGGUGGUGGAUGCUGUUAGAGGAUUCCAGACGCAAACUGCCGAGUGUCUGGUUAUUGGAGAAAUCACCACUCAAAAGAUGGUAGUGGCAUUGAACAAGAUUGACUUGUUUCCUCCUGAAGAACGAGAUUCAAGGAUACUCAAAAUGACAACAAGAAUCAAAAAGACAUUAUUAACAACGUCAUUUCCAGAUGCACAAAUCAUACCCGUAGCAGCCUCUGUUAAUGCUACAGAUUUGCAUACUCCUGGCAAAGUCGCUGAAACUAUUGGACUGGAUACGCUUGUUGAAGCGCUGAAAUCUCUUAUGGUGGAUGUCCCGCCACGAGAAGAGACCGGAGAGCUCGUCUUUUCAGUAGACCAUUGCUUUCUUGUCAAGGGUCAAGGCACUGUCGUGACGGGUACAGUGUUGCAAGGGACUGUAAAAGUUGGUGACACGGUCGAAAUCCCAUCUCUUAAAAUAUCGAAAAAGGUCAAAUCCAUGCAAAUGUUUCGUAAACCUGUUACAAAAGCUAUUCAAGGUGAUCGUGUUGGAAUAUGUGUUGCUCAAAUGGAUGCCGAUUUGAUGGAACGUGGAGUACUAUCCACGCCUGGAUUUGUCAAGACUGCUGUCGCUGCUCUAAUUUAUGUGGAGCGCGUGAGGUUCUUUAAAGGAGCUUGUCAGUCCAAAACUCUGAUGCAUGUUACAGUUGGCCAUGAAACUGUAAUGGCAACAGCCAAGUUCUUCUCAUCCGAGUCACUUGAUAAGCCAUUGUCUCGAUCUGGACGGGCGCAUCUACCAGAAUUUGACUUUUCUCGAGAAUACCUUCAUGAAGCUGAACUACCAGACAAUCCACCGCAAAGACAAUUCUGGGCUCUUCUAGAAUUUGAAACACCUGUUACCUGUCCGACUAAAUCAUUGUACAUUGCUAGUAGAUUAGAUACUGAUAUUCAUGCCAAUACCUGUAGAAUAGCAUUUCACGGCCACAUUUUGCAAAUCAUCACAGACGUCAAGUAUAAAGAGACGGUGUUGCCUGGUCUCAAGAUAUAUAAGAUGAAGGAGAGGACUGGAUUUAUUGAUCGGAUCACCGAUGACAAAACCCUCAUCGCAAAAGGCCUCUUCAAAAAGGAAACAUCUAUGGAGCCUUUCGUUAACAUGGCCAUUCACCUGAUACAUCCAAGUAAAGACGGACAACCUGGUAUGGAAAGUGCAGGAAGAAUCGAAUCAACGUUUGGACAAAGUGGGAAGGUUAAAUGCUACUUUCCGUCUGGUAUUGGAGACGAUGUUGUGAAGGCGUUUACCUCGAAGAAGAAGGUUUCUACUGCUGCUAGUAGUGGUAGUAGUAAAUCGUUGGAUGAUGUUGCUAGUGGUGGUAGUGAAGGGUACAAGUUGGUGUUGAGGUUUAAGAGGUAUACGUAUGAUGCAGAGAGGAGGAUGAUACAGUAG